AUGGCCAACCUCCCCUCACAACACCCCACUCUCUCCAUCCACCUCAGCGACAUCACCCUCACGCCGCUAAUAACCUCGUCCUCGUCCCCUUCACACCUCGACUCCCUGACGGCCCUCACAUCCAGCGCAUUGUCCUCGCAAACGGCCGCGCAGCGUGCACACCUAGGCCGGCCGCAGCGCAUAAUGGUUGAAUACCCUGACUCCGGCGCAGUUGUCCUCCAGACGUACCUUGAUCCUCGGGAGUCGUCUUCUGCCCCGUCUAAUGGGAGUGCCGCUAUCCACAAGGACUUUGAUACGAUUGCCUCCACCACCACUACAGACGACGACACUGAGAUUCAGCAGUCUUCUGAGGAUGCUGCUCCCAUGUUAGUUGGUGUGGUGGUUGCUGGGUCAUCUGAGGAAGCUAGAGAGGCGAGGAGGGCUGCGGCGAGACUAGAGAGAGUUGGGAGGGAGUUUCAAAAGGAGUGGACGGCGCAAGCCGAGAGGAGUACGAGUGUGGAUUAA